AGAUAUGGAAGUAGACUAUGGCAUCACUCAGUAUCUUGGUGACCGUAGUGUCAGUGUGCCAUGUGUCAUGAAGGAGUUGUAUUCGGACUUUAUUGUACAAGAAAUCCUAGAAGACGAAACAGUCCUUCGGUUGGCCACUGCAUCAGAAGUUCGUAAUUAUGUGAAGGAAGAAGAAGAAAAAGGCGUUGAUGAGGCUGUUGAUGUACCCAGUAGCUUGAGCCCUGAGCAAGUGAAAGCGCUUGAUGCAUUGGACAAGAACUCGAAGCCGUAUUCAAUACCCGUCGAAGGUCUGAGUAAGGAUGACAGAAAAGCCAUCCAUGACUUCGUACGACUGCGAUAUCAGGGAAAACUAGGCUCAGAAACAAGCGAGAAAGGCAUAGAAAUCAGUUACUGUGGUGUGAAUAGUCGAACCAGGAAGCGGAAGAGGUGGGCAAAAGACUGCCCGAAUCAUUGCUAUUUCACAUUGGCUAAGGAGAACAAGGACACAAGCUAUGCACUUGGACUUAUUGCGAAAUUUCUUAACGUAACAACCAACACAUUCCGAACGCAUGGAAUCAAGGAUCGUCGUGCAGUCACUUGUCAGCGAGUUAGCUGUAAUCGAAUAGAAAAGGAGCGAAUUCUUAGCUUGAAUCCUCGCCUCAGAGACAUUGUGGUCUACGAUUUCAGUUAUCAUGAUGAAGAUUUGAAAAUGGGUGGACACUGGGGAAAUCGCUUCAGCAUUAUUUUAAGGAGUAUACCCCCAGCCACACAGAAUAUUCUCGAGGAACGAUUAGAACAGCUCGCAAAAGACGGGUUUAUCAACUACUUUGGUACCCAAAGAUUUGGUUCUUGCGACACUAAUACUGCAACCGUGGGCAAGCAUAUACUGCGUAGAGACUGGGAAGAAGCCAUUAGGGUGAUUCUCUCCAAUGAGCACAUGCCAGGAUAUCUGGGCACUGUUGGGGAUGCCGUCCGGUGUUGGGAAAAGACCAAAGAUGCUGCCCAAGCUCUAAAACAACUAAAAGGUAGUCAAGCUUUUGCUUCCAUAGAAGCUAUUAUAUUCAAGUGCUUAGCUAAAGGUGGCACUUGGCAACAGUGUAUUACGGAUGCGUUGCCUAUAAAUCUUAGGAGUCUUUAUGUUCAUGCAUAUCAGAGCCUUUUAUGGAACAAGGUAGUAUCUCGUCGUAUUGCUGAAAAGGGUACAGUUGUUCUCCCUGACGAUCUUGGAAAAGAUGGUCAAAAGCUCGGAGACCGUGCAUCUAUCUUCGAUGUCUAUAUACCGUUACCUGGGGAAAAUGUCACAUACGUCAAAAACUACGUUUGUGAGUGGUAUCAAGAAAUGUUAAAAGACGAUGGUUUAUCAUACUCGUCGUUUUCCAGUCUUGAAGAUCGAUUCGCCUUGGGAGAGACUUCGAGAGCAAUGUUGAUUUGUCCCAAAGAUGUGAAAUGGAAGUUUAUGAGAUACUCUGAACCGAGGGCACAUUUGCAGAAUGGCAUCAAUACACGCGCAAUAGAUGAGAAAGAGAUGGUGGGAGAUUUGAUGGCCCUGCAAGUACAGUUCAGUCUACCGUCUGGAUGUUAUGCAACGGUUGCUUUGCGGCAGGUCACUGGAACUGACAUGGGCAAACGAUCGAUGAAGGCCCACGCAGAGUCAGCAAAGAAUGGAACUAGUAUGGAGGAAGACGUUGAAGAGGCUGGUGUUGAAACGGAAGUUCCCCUUAUCCUCAACGGUGAUAAUCAUAAUAAGUCUCCCCAAACAUCUCCAAGCAAAGGCGACGCUUCAGAAGAAAACAUGAAGAUAAGCGUAAAAAAUCGAACGGAUGGCAAUGUCUUUCAACUUGAAGUCGAUCCAGAGUCUACUAUGGGAGCGCUUCGGUCACAGAUUUGCUCACAUUUUGGCCCAACAUGCAAUCCUGCAUCCUUGAGGAUCUGCUUGGGAGAUAAUGAGCUGGACUUUGAUGAUUCCACCAAAGUGAAGGACGCCGGUAUUGUGAGCGGAGAUAGGCUAUUUUUGGAGGGACUGUCAACAUCAACAGCACCAGUUAAAGUUGAAAUGAAAGCACCCGAACGUCAAACUACAAAGGAGGAUGAAGAAAUGGAACAAGAGAGCGAAAGCGACGAGCUGUCGUCGUUUAGAGAUCGUGUUCUACGAGCUGCUAGAAACUACAUGGAGGAUUCCGGAUAUUCUAAUAAGUCCCUGCAAUCUUGGUGCGUGGAAAAGUUAAGCGGUGCAGAACUUGACUUCGAACGUCGUACACGUAACCAGGUGUCACAUAUUUAUGUCGUUAUCACUGCCUUUUCAUAUCCGAACAAUUCUGCUAUUGUCAAUGUUGGAAGAAUGGUCGAUCAAUCGCGCAAACUGCUCUCAUCAUUCACUGUCGAACCCGCUACUGUCAAAGACAGUGUCAUCAACGGUCUUGCCUUAGCGCUUUCUGGCUCAGCAGCAACAGGAGUAACACUUGUUCAUCUGUUUUCACUGCGAAUUAUACGUGAGCAAAUAAUGAGGCAUAUGGAACCUCGUGGCGUGGUUCGCCUUUCUGGAGCGAGUCGUCUUCUGCACUCAAUUCUACAAGCUCCAUCGGUCGAUCGUUCUUAUUGGAUGCAGAGGCUGAGCAGUGAUUUUGGGACAGCAAAGGUACAAGAAGCACAACGUGCUGGGAAGACAUUCCGCGGCUCUUAUGUGGAUGAGUAUGCAGCUCUGAAAGCGGCGCAGCGAGCACUGGAGCCCACUUCAAAUCCUAUCUUACAAGGAAAUCCGUACGCAUUUCCACGGCCGCCAUAUGCUCCGUAUCCGUAUCCAUAUGGUCCUUACCCACCAGCACAACCUCGGGCGCCAGAUCCACCGCGUCAUCCAGACCCGCUCUUUCCAGCUCCCGAUCCUCUUCAGCCAAUUCCAGAUCCGAAUCCCCUUGUGCAGCCACCCAGAAUUGGUCCGUCUGGACCAUUAGGACCUCUUGGUGGAAGAAAUCCAUUCGAUCCAUUUGAUCCCAGCAAUCAGGAAAUAUUUCCUGGACGUCCUAAUCAAGGUGUUCCGCGUGGUGGACCUCGCAUUUUCCCUGCGAAUAGAUGGGACCGCGGGAAUGAUUUUAUCUAAUUGACACAUUCCUGUCUGUCGGAAAUGAUGGCUUACUAAUAAUCUUCCGGUGUUCGGAUGUUACAUAAUGUAAAGAGAUUUUGUGU